UUUCAUGUGCUUAGCUAGGGCUGUCUUCUUCGAGUGUCACGGUAUGACUUCACUGCUGCGCAUGCACAGGAGUUCAGUCAUCCCGGUACACAGAAUCUGUGCCAGAAUGUAAACUGAGGUGUACUUGCCAAGCUCAGUGUACAUUCUAAAGAAGCCUGUGAGCAGGCAAGUAGGUUUAAUUGUAUUGCAGAAUAGACACUGCAUUUAAAGAGCCUGUCUUCUUGUCGUUUUUGAAAAGGAGACUUUAGUUCUGCUUUAAGUAGCCAUGAAAUUCUGUUAAUACUCGUAAAUGUGGACAACCUUCAUGACAUGCAAUGCCCACUCAAACAAAUGUUUAUGUAAACCUAUACUGGAGUUUGCAUUGUGGGAUUGAGUAAUACGUAUCAGCAGAGUUUAUUGACCAUUCUCUGUUCAAGCAAUGUUCUGUUUGCUUUUUAUUCGCCUUUGCUUUUGCCUGGAGUUCAUAAGUUCACAUUUUCCUGAUCAGUCUUUUGGGAAAUCACGGUCAGCAAUGGGGCUCUUACCCAUUCUGCUGCUUUUCUCCUAUUGUUUCUCAGGUUCUGCUGUUCCAGUUCCAGCUAUUAAUGUGGACUGUGAUGACGAGAAUAUUUUUAAUGCAGUCGAUGAAGCGCUCAAAUCCUACAAUGAAGCAAAAGUUGAUGGAAACAAGUUUAUUUUGUAUAGAAUCACAGAGGCCAAGAUAAAGCAAGAAAAUGACAGCCUAACACAUCAGUUUGUGAAUUUUGAAAUACGAGAAAGUGUGUGUCCCCUGAGAAUUGAUACAUCUUGGAAACAGUGUGACUUCAAAGCAGAAGAUGCAGAAAGAGGGGAAUGCUCAGCACAUAUUCUGGUCAAUACAGCACAAAACACAAAGACGGUUUUAUCCAAAAACUGUUAUAUUAUUCCUACAGUUACCGAACCUCCUGUGAGAGUCGUUACUGCUCAAUGCCUGGGGUGUUAUCAACCUAUAGACCCAAACAAUGACGAGCUGUCAACAAUUUUACCAUCUGCAAUGAAAAACGUCAACAGGAUUUUAAACCACCCAUUCUACUUUGAGUUGGAAAAUGUUACAAAAGCUGAGCGCAAGGUUAUCAGUGGAUGGAUGUAUAAUCUGGAAUUGAAUAUCAUACAAACAAGUUGUUCUAUGAGUUUAUUUAGUAGUGGGAACACAGAAGAAUGCACAAUUGAUAGAAAUGGGGAUAGAGGACACUGUUUGUCCAAGGUGAAAGUGACUCCACGAGGAGAGAUCAAUGAUAUCCUUUCAGAAUGUUACUUCACAGGGUUUUGCCUUCACUGCCCUGUUGAUGUGAAAAUAGAUGACCCAGAGAUACAGGCUUUGAUACAGAAGUUCAUUGAACAAUAUAAUUUAGGGAACCACACAAAUCUUUAUAAUAUGGCCAGUUUUACAGAAGGUACUAGAAAAAUGGAUGCACAGAACAAACAGUAUAAUUUAAAAUUCAUAAUAAAAGCCACCAACUGUUCAAAGUCUGAUCAUACUGUUCUGGAAGAUGAAUGUGCCAUUGAACAAGAUAGCAUCGAUUAUACAUGUAAUGUCAACAUUGAUGUUGUCAAUGAAACAGCUAACAUCCUGCCUGAUUAUAAAUGUUUGGAUGAUAAGGCUCGUAGGAUAUCAGUAAAGGGAUUUUCCCCUCUCCGCAUGGCAGAACCAAAACGAGGCAGACGAGCAUCUGAGAAAUCAAAAGAAAGAGGGCAUGGACAAAAUCCUAAUAAGGAAGAAAAACUUGAUAAAAAAGAAAAAAAGCACGAAAAGAAAAAAGAACAUGAAAGGAAAAAAGAGCAUAAAAAGAAGAAAGAUCACUCUUCUGAAGAGUCUGAAGAAGACCAUAGGAAGAAACCUAAAGCACCACCAAGUCAGCCAGGGUUUGAAAUUCCCAGAGUACCAGAGGGAGAAAAAGUAACCCAACGUCCAAUAGUUACAGAGAAAAUUACCAGGCAGCCUGCAAUGCAAUCACCUACUCCAUUCAUACCUGAAUUGCCAUCCUCUUCACAGUCAGCUGGAGGUCCACACAACCAAGGAACACUCAAACUUGAGCUGUCAUCUUUUACAUUGGCACCAGCAAUUCCAGACUACAAAGGGACUCCGCCCACCAUUGAUGAAACCGUUCUAGAUUUUCCAAUGCUGCCUCCUCCGAAUACUUCAAAAUGUCCUGGUAAAGUGUGGAAGCCCUUGUUGAUUAUUCCAAAGUUUGCCACAGAGGAACCCUUCAUUAUUGGUGGUCUGUCACAAGCCGUUGAUGAUCUAGCCCCUCCAGAAGAUCAGAAUCAAUCUAGUAGUCUAAACACAAACGAUUUGUUUACCAAUGAAGACCUGCUCUCUUUCUUUGAUUUUUCUCUUCAAGCAAUGAAGCUCCUGUCAGUACUGUUUCUCUGUUUUUAUUGUUAUUUAAAUGCUGCUGUUCCAGUUCCAGAUGUUGGUGUGGACUGCGAUGACUCAAGUAUUUUCAAGACAGUGGAUGAAACACUGAGGUCCUACAAUAAUGCUAAAGAAGAUGGGAACCAAUUUGUUCUGUUCAGAGUAGAAGAUGUAAAAAAAAGGCAUGAUGAAUAUGGUCAAGCACAUUAUUAUAUUGAGUAUGAAAUACGUGAAAGCACCUGCACAGUGAAGAGCGAGCACAGUUGGCAAAAUUGCCAGUUCCAGGCAAACAAACCAGAAUGGGGAAAAUGUUCAACACAUCUCCUCGUCAAAGAAGAAAAGAAGAUUCAGACUGUUGUGUCCCACAAUUGCAAUAUCAGUAAAGUGCCAUUGGAAGCCCAUGUGACUGCAGUUCAUCACCAAUGCCUUGGUUGUCCUCAUUCACUAGACACAAACAAUGAAGAAAUACUGAACUUUGUACACUUUGCUAUUGAAAAAAUGAACACGCAGGGGAGUCAUCUAUACUACUUUGAUUUGGACCAAAUAGUGAAUGCCACUCGCCAGGUGGUGAGUGGAUGGGACUACUAUAUACACUAUUUGGUCAGAAAGACAAACUGCUCAAAACAUGAUUUUAAAACCAAAGAUUCAAACGAGUGCAAACUUGACAAAGAAGGGGAAACAGGUGAAUGUGAACUCAACGUAUCUAUAACACCCGAUGGCCAAGUAAAUGAUAUCCUCUUGAUGUGCAAAACACAAGCUGGAGUUUGCCUUAGCUGUCCUUUAAAGGUGGACCCUGAUGAUCCUGAACUCCUGACUCUAUUAAGUCAAGUUAUAGAUGAGUACAAUUCCAACAUUAACGUUACAAAUCUGCACAAGCUAUUGAGAGUGAUGAAGGCAACAAAAUACGGAUUUGAUAAACAGAUAUAUGAAGUCUUGUUUACGAUGAUGCCGACCAAUUGCUCCAAACCUGACUACACCAUGCUGGGAGAUGAAUGUAACAAUGAAGAAAAAGCUUGUCCACUAUCAUGUGAUACCACAAUUCAUGUUACAGACAAGAGGAUUAAUGUUCAUUCAGCUCCUGAAUGUAUAGUACAAACACAGAGACUGCUGCGCAUAUAUGGUCUUUCUCCUCUACGCAACAUCUAUAGACCUGGUAAAAGAGAUGAAAACCUGAAUCUCUUCAAUCCUAAGAUAAUAAAUCAGAAAUCCGAAGGUAAGAAAAAUAACCACCAGAAAGAACACAAACAAGAAAAGAAGGGAAAACGGUCCAAAAAAUCCCAUCGAGAGCACAAACAUGAUCAUGAAGAUGGCUCUUCUUCAAAGGAGGUGGUUAAAAUUGAAAAUAAAGCCAAUGUAAAUGGAGCCACUGCAGCUUCACACCAGGUUCCAGAUUUGUCAAGUGCACAAUCUAUAAUGCCAGGUAAACAGGGAGUUCCAAAAGAUGUUGAAACAACAUCAACGUUAGAGCUUCCUGCUGUGCCAAAAUGUCCUGGCAAGAUAUGGCAACCAAUAAGUUUGACUACAACAGCCAAAGUUUUAACCGACGAUGAUCUUGCAUUUGCUAUUUCUGAUUUCAAACCUCUGCCAGAAAAAGAAGAACAGAGCAAACCUUACACCCCAAAACAAAUUUCAGUCAUUAACGACGAAGACCUGUUGAUGUGAGUCAUAACAAGAGCAAAUAAAUUCAUGAUGCUGUUCAAUUGAAUCUAAAAUCAUGUUAACCAAUAUUUGUUGAUGUAAUGUAUUGUAAAGAUGGUUGUCUUAUACAUCACAAUAAAAUCUUGGAAAAUGCUGCGAGAA